ACUGGGUGACGGCAGAAGGUGUCGAACCUCGUUAGUUGAGUACCGUUUAAGCGUUUCAACUAGAUUAGACUAGAUUGGACUUUCUUGCUGCUGUGCCAAACAUGGACCCGUGUCAAGUUUGACUGGAUUGCCCAGUAAUUCCCUCUGCUUGUAGACUGCCUCUGACCCGCGCAUCACUGAAUGUUAUGAGACGCCAUGAUCCAGCCAGAGGAGGAUAAUCGCGCACCCCCAGCAGACAGCAUGGACACCGAAAGGCACUCUGCUGAAAGGUGACCUCCAGACACUUCACCUCCCCAAAACAUUUGAAUAUGCCAGGACACAACAAUGAGCUCCAACAGUACAGACCCUGGACUCCUCCUGACUGCCAUCACCUCAGCACCAGCGGCAGGAUCCUACCCACAAUCCAAGGCUCUCCACCAGGAAGGAACUGGAGGAAGCCCCUACCUGUUUUACAAUGGGAAUGCACUGGAUGACAAUUCCUCUUCUACCAGCAACCUUUUCAACUUCACCACUGAAUCCCCAAAUGGGAACAAAACUGCCAUUCUUGACCCUUUGGGUGGCCAUCAUGUGUGGCAAGUUGUUCUAAUCGUUUUGGUGACAGGCAUGUUGUCACUUGUCACCAUCAUCGGCAACAUUCUGGUAGUGGUUUCAUUCAAGGUUAAUCGCCAGCUUAAGACGGUCAAUAACUAUUUCCUACUGAGCUUGGCUGUAGCUGACCUCAUUAUCGGAGUCAUAUCCAUGAACCUCUACACAGUUUAUCUUGUGAUGGGUCACUGGGUCAUGGGUAACUGGGCUUGUGACCUGUGGUUGGCUAUAGACUAUGUGGCUAGUAAUGCUUCAGUUAUGAACUUACUGGUGAUCAGCUUCGACCGCUAUUUUUCUAUAACCAGGCCUCUGACCUACCGGGCCAAACGGACCACAAAGCGAGCUGGGAUAAUGAUCGGCUUGGCCUGGUUUGUGUCUCUUGUAUUGUGGGCUCCAGCUAUUUUGCUUUGGCAGUUUUUUGUGGGUAAAAGAACUGUACCUGCAAAUGAGUGCUACAUUCAGUUCCUCUCAGAACCCACUAUAACUUUCUGCACAGCUAUGGCGGCAUUCUACUUGCCUGUGACAAUAAUGAGUGUUCUCUACUGGCGGAUAUACAAAGAGACCCAGAACCGUUCAAAAGAGUUGGCCGGUUUGCAGGGCUCAGGGGGUCAUGGUGGGCCAGGAUCAAGAAGUGGGAAUGGUGGAGAUGAGCGGGCCCAUUUUGUCCAUCAGACAGGAAGUUCACGAAGCUGCGGCAGCUACGAGCUAACCAGGUUAUCCAAGAGAAAGAGCACAUGUCGUGAGCUUGUUGGUCGCUUCCACUGCUGGCCUGGGGUUCGUUCUUGGAGACCUGGUAGUAUGAGACAAGGAGAUGGUGAUGCAGACCAGAGCAGCAGCGACAGCUGGAACAACAAUGAUGCUGCUGUUUCAAUGGACCAAUCUGGCUCAUCAGAGGAUGAGGAUUGCAGCGGGAGAGACAUGAUUUCCCAGAGUCAUACCAUUUUCUCUAUUGUCCUGAGUCUGCCUGGUAUUAAAGCUGCCGUCAAUUCCCAACUCACCUCAUGUGAGGAUCUCGAUGCUGUCUCAGAGGAAGAUCCCCUCAGGGGGGCAGAGUAUAGCCGAGACAGCCUUUCAAUAGGCACAACCAAUACCACAGUUGCCAGUACUCCUGAUGGACCAAACAGUACAGAAAAUAGCUACCACCAACGCUUCUGCUCUCGCAAGAUUCAAUCCAUGCCUACCAUCCAGGCUAACACUAACACGGGUUCUUUGGAUGGUCCGCCAGCAACUACAACCACUGCCACUGACUCUACUACCACCAGCACAACCACCAAAUCCCCCUCUGUCCCAAUGUCCUUCAAAGAGGCUGCUCUGGCAAAGCGUUUUGCAGCCAGAGCCCGGACUCAAAUCACCAAGAGGAAGCGCAUGUCCCUAGUGAAGGAAAAGAAGGCAGCUCAGACUCUAAGUGCCAUUUUGUUUGCUUUCAUCAUCACUUGGACACCAUAUAAUAUAAUGGUGCUGAUCAAUGCCUUCUGUAAAGAUUGCAUCCCACAAGUACUGUGGGCAGUGGGUUACUGGCUGUGCUAUGUCAACAGCACCGUCAACCCUAUGUGCUACGCCUUGUGCAACAAGACUUUCCGUACGACCUUUAAGAUGAUACUGCUUUGCCGGUGGGAUCAGAAGAAACGGAGGAAGCAGCAGUUCCAGCAGAGACAGUCAGUGGUCUUCCACAGGAGGAUUCCCAGGGAGUCCACAUAAGGUAUAGAGAUUUUGGAUGGUUGAUACCGGGCAACUGACAGGUCUCACAUAGGACAAGGAAAAGAAAGAAACAUCCUCUAGUUGUUUCUGUGGAGUUUCUUUGCUUAGAGAUCUGUAAUGUGUUUCACUGCUGGUAUGUCAAACACAGAAAUCCUAUGUCUAGCAAACAUAUGGUGGUGUUGCAGUGUGUGUUUGUGUUGGCACAUCUGACGUUGUUUAAGGUGGAACCCAGAGAUAAAACCUUUCUCUCUGUCCUUAGAGAACUCUUCAUCAUUUCAUGCAAGUAUGUCUGAGAGAAAUUAACUGAAUGGAAAAUAAAUGAAAAGGGCUAUUAAAUGCAUUGCAGGAGAGAUAUUAGUAAUAUUGAUAUUGAAGUGCAAUUGACUCAAUGGGAAAGGAUAUCUUUGUGAUAGGGCUGGGGAUUCACAUUUCUUAUCAUUUUUCUCUGUGGGUAGCUAGAUCUGUAAAGUGCACAGUGGUUUUGCAUUUCAAGACAAAAUGAUGUAUCUGUAAAAUGUCACAGACAGCCAAGACAAAAAAAGUUUUGUGCUCACAGGCUUCUACAUUGUAUUUGAUUUGAUCUGCCAUCCUGACUGGCAUGUGUUCCUAUCAGGACUUCUGUACAUUGCCUUUCUACAUGGUUAUAGCUUUCCUGUGUCUGAUGGAAUAUAUAAAAAAAAAAAGUUCUUAAAUUGCGUCCUUACUUGCAGUCAACAAAGAGCAGUUAUUUUUGUGAUAUUCAUUUUUGUUUUUCUAGAUAUUCCUGAGAUUUUGAGCCAGUCUGAAAAUGAUUCUUCUGAUGAACUGAGUUGUGAAUAUUCUGUGUGGCACCACAGUCAGUGAACUGCUGUUGUGUUCAAUGUGAUUGUUGUGGUUUUUAUGGUGGAGACAAUAAGUACAUUGGUUGUGUUUUAUGUACUUGAGGUUUUCUGUGAAGAGUAACGAUUAUAUGAUCACAAUAAUAUUCUGUUUGUGUAUAUUUGAAUAUUUCUGACUUCAUACACAAUGGUUGAUUGCACACUCAAAGAUGUCCAUUUAUUAAGAUGUGUGUUUUCAUUUUACACCUUGAAAUUUGUACAAAAUAAUUAAUCUUAGGAGAAGGCCAAUGCAUAUUUUAUUCCACAGGGCAAUGGGAGCCUCUAGUGGCAUGGGAGGGUUACAUCACUGUCAGUACUGAUUAUAUAGUACUGCACCGUCAAAAUCCAAUUGAAACCAAUAUAAAAACAAGUGGCACCAAACACAACAAACCCCGCCCCUCACACAUAGCAUAGCUUAUUUUGGCAUCAAUCCAGCUGAUGUCAUCAUGUCUAUGCGUGUG